UGUCUGAGAAUUUUCUACAUAAUAUUGGCUGCUUUCUGUUCUCAGUCGCCAGUGAAUAAGUUUAGUGGUAUGAUAUUGUGUUGUGUACCUAGUGUGUUAGUGUUCAAGUUUACCGCUCAUCGCUCAGUGGUUGGUGUCCAGCGUCAUCUCGGAGAGUCGUCAUGAAGUUCCUCACACCCCUCACCGCCAUAAUCGCCGCGGCUUCCGCUGGCCAGAUAUUGACCAAUCAGCGUGCAGAGAACUACGACAAUGCGGCACAAAUCUACCAAUCAGCGCUCGAGUACCAACAGCAUGGCUUAUAUUCAAACCAACCACAGACUUUCGCAGCUGACGCAGCGUACCACAGCAGGCCUGCAACUGAGAAGACUGCAAAGAUCUUAAGCUUUAUAUUAGAAAAUGAUGGACACGGUUAUCAGUACGCUUAUGAGACUGAAAAUGGCAUUAAAGUCCAAGAGGCCGGUGUCGACCAGGGCAAAGGCCACACCGCCCAGGGCGCGUAUUCCUACACGGGAGAUGACGGGCACGAGUAUUCCGUCUCGUAUAUGGCGGAUGAGCACGGGUUCAGAGUCCAGGGCGCACACCUGCCGACCCCGCCGCCCGUGCCAGAGGCUAUUGCGAAGGCCUUGGAGCAGAAUGCUAGGGAUGAGGCCGCCGGGGUAUAUGAUGAUGGUCAUCACGAAGAACCUAAGUAUUCCUCCGGCUACGAGCACGCCAGUCCUCACGCAUCCGCCGCCUCGCCUGCCAGCAGCUACCAUCACAAAUGAUCAUCAUUCUAGAUUAAAUUAUAAUCAUAUUAUUAUUUAAUAAUUGCAUCUGAAUGGUCUGUGUUAUUGUGUGUUGAUGGUCUAUGUCUGGUAAAUGUGAUUCAGUCAUUCACGGUGGCUGCGAUUCCCUGUUUCAAAAUCAAUACGAGACAUUGGUUAUGAAAUAUUACUUGUGGCAAUUAGGAAUAAAAAUAUUAUGAUCAACAUUUUAAUGAUAUUAAGUCAAUUAUGUGUGAUAUUAAAUAGAGAGUUAGCCCCCAAUGUGACGAACUUUAAAUUUAUUUUUUUUUAACUAUAGGUUUAAUGGGUUUUUUAAUGACUCAAAAAUACAUUGUAAUUUAUUUAGCCCGACUAUUACAAUUAAUUCUUUUAGAGUAUUACAGAAAAUCCCCGUGGAAUACAAAAUGUCAUAGAGAAUUCAGACCCUGGUCGCAAAGCGUCCAUAAAUGCUACCUGUCGAAGCGACCAAGCCAGACUGAAUCACCUGAGUGUUCACUGCGCUUUUAUACUAGUCUGCCGACACCAUGACGACCUAAUAUGAGCCGUGACUAUAUCUAGUUGUAAUCUCAGAUUGUUAUAUUUGAUUGUUGUGAAUGUUAAAAUAUACGUUUAUUUUGUUAUA